AGAGCAACACAGGUGGUGGCCAUGAGAUGGAGCCACAAAACAAGAAGCUCCGGGAGCCUGUGGCGACUGGCUGUCCGCUUCCAUUAUUGAUGAUUGAAUCAAAUGGAGAAAUCAUGAAUCAUCACUGAGGGCUUUCACUCGUAGAUUGUUCCCACAAAGGACGAUUUGACGCGUUUUUCCCCGCUGCCGUUCUCGAGCACUAUCUGUGCUCUUACAAGUUACGUAGUUAUUUGUUCGGUUGCAGGGCCGUAGGUGAUUAAACAAAGGUUUGUUUACCCCGAUAACACCCACGUAGCUGAGUUCAACUUGUCAACACUUUAGUGAAAGAUGGCCGACAACGGAUUGCACCCAACAGAAGAGGACCCGGCCGCCGCGUUUCUAGCCCAGCAGGAGAGCGAGAUAGCUGGUAUAGAAAACGACGAUGCCGACGAAGGGUAUGGAGUUCUGGAAGAAACCCCGGAGCUCCAGACGAACGUCUACGAAGCUUUUGGGGAGGAGCCGGCCACGUUGAACGGAGAUCUGUUUCAGGAGUCCAAUGGACCCACCGACAACUACGCAGCCAUCGCACAGGUGGAUAUUCAGAGGCAAGAACCAGAAAGUCUACGCAAGUGGAGAGAGGAACAAAAAGCACGUCUUGAGGCUUUAGAUUCUGCCUCCAAGGCAGCAGAAGCUGAAUGGAGAGAGAAGGCCAAGAAGGAGCUGGAAGACUGGCACGUGCACCAGAGCGAGCAGAUGGAGAAAAACAAGGCCAACAACAGAGCAUCAGAGGAGGCCUUCCUUGCCGAGAGCGACGGCGAUGGCCCCGCUUCGGCGUGGGAGCGUGUUGCCCAUCUCUGCGACUUCAACCCCAAGACCAACAAGCAGGCUAAGGAUGUGUCCCGAAUGCGCUCCGUGCUCAUCUCACUCAAACAGACCCCUCUUGUCCGCUAGCAGGACUGGCUCGCAGUAACUUUGCCUUUUCACUUGUUAAACCUGUCAAAUUGUUAAACUUGUCAAACCUCAACAUCAGAACAGUUUGUAAUCCCUUUUUUCCAGAAAGCUCCCAAUAACAGUGGUUCUUAACCUGGGUUCAGUUGAAAUCCAGGGGUUGCAAGAGUCAGUCUCAGGGGUUCAGCAGAGGUCAAGACACACAUACUGUGUCUGCUCGCGUGCCUCUGUUGGUCAAGACCUUUUCACACUACACUUGCUGUAGCUCUGCGCCGUGUGCUGUCAAAUCUAUUAUGUAUGUACUGCGUGGGUGGGAUGACGGAACACCGUGGUCCGCCGUGCCUCGACUUAAAAAAUAAACUCUAAAGAAGCGUCACUGUGAUGCUUCAUCCAAGAGGAGAGGAAUUCACGGAGGGAUUUCAGAGAGCUAACGGUAAUAUGCCAACAAAUGGGAAAAGGAGCCACGUUGCUUCCCGGGUGAGUCACUUCGUACUCACUUCCAAAUAUGGGCAAGCUUGGACCAGAGAACCUAGUCCCUGCCAAAGCCAUGGAAGAAAAAGUCUGGACACACCAAAACAACACUUCAGGAAGGAAAACCCUAUAUUAAUUAAAUUUGUAAUUACUUGAAAGGGAUUCAUAAUUGUUUUCAUUUUUUAAUGGGUGCCCUCCAUACCUGCACGGCCCCCUUGUGACAGCUUUGGUCAAGAAAAACUGAUCUGGUCUUGAUAAUCUCAGAUUAACAUGAACUAUAUAAAGGGAAAUUUCAGUGGAAACUAUUCUUCCUUCUUAUGGUAAAUUCUGGAAAUAGUUCAUUGCGCUUAAUGGUAAUAAUGGGUAACAAUAAGGCACAGUCCAGACUUGGUUUUCUAUGGCUUUGGUCCCUGCAUCAAACGCCAAAAAAGCCAAGUGCAAUGUGAAAAGGCCUUGACACUUCAGAGCAAAAUCAACUAUUCAGUGUCACCAAAUCGUCGUGUGCGCUGAUUCAAAGCCCUUGUAUUACUCACUGUUACAAAAUAUAUUCACAAUCCUUUUUGAGGUUGGUAUACAUAAAAACGUCAUAAAAGCAACAUACUUUGUUACAGAAAAUGAUAGCCUGGCACUUUCAGUAAACCUUUGUUUCUUUUAUGUAAAAUUCAUGUUUUGUUGUUGGAAGACUGAUUUUUGUGUCCAACUAUUGCCUGGUUCAUUUUGUAUAGUCAUGAAAGAAUCCUGUCUUGCAGUUGAAUAAGAAUUUUAUUUUACCCAUUACAAAGGGUUUGGUGAACACGUGUAUAAAACUGGCAAGGUUCAGUAGCUCCAAGGUUAAGAACCACUGGAAUGUAAUCUCCCCACAUUUCUUUUUUGCUUCUUUUGUGGCGCCAUGAAGGACUUUAUUAUUAAAUUAAGGUUUUAUCAUUACUGAGGAAAAUACUGUUACUAUCAAUUAAUUUAUUCCCUUUUUCUGAUUAGUUUAAUGCAUGCCUCUGCCAAUAUUUUAAAUGCCUUUUUUUCUUUUUAGCCAGAUAGCUGUAGAUUGUAACCACACAUGCCUCUUUAAUGCAGGACCACAACAUUGGGAAUGUUUUGUACCCUCUAAUAGUAAGCCAAUACAGUUUCAAUAUCUUCUACGCCCUUAAAAGCUAAAUAUAAUGAAUUUGGACACUUCAGAAGAGCAGUAACGCUAUUCCCCAACCAAACAAUUUUGCUGUUACUUUACAUCUGACUUCACAAUUGAAGGCUCGGGCUGCUUUCUCAUUUUCUCCAUGUUUUGUAGAUGGCAAAUACUGUCGUUCACAUUCUUUCACAUGUUGCCUACUUGGAUGAUGAAAGCUGGGUAAAGAAUGUUCAAAAGGAAUUGGUCAAUAAAAAAAACAAGUAAUCACUUGUA